AUGAAGAAAUUCACAAAAUGGACACAUACAUUUCAAAGACUGAAUUUCAAUCGUCUCUCAACUAGAGUGGAUAUAGUUAUGAUCAAAUAUUCGAGAAUAUUUUAUAAUAAAAGAUCACAAAAGACACAAUGUUUAGAUUCAUGCGAGAUGUUUACCAUUUAA